AUGAGUAAAAAAGGUCAAAGCAACGUUACUGCUGCUACUGCAGAUACUCAGAUAAAGAAAGAAGUUCCAGAAGCAACCAAGUUUCGCAUGAUAGGUUUGGCUUAUGCCAUGAAGGUGAAAAUAUUGUUUAGAGAUAUAACUGCCACCGGAGAAGGAUCUUGGGCACCAUCCAUAGGAUUGGUUCCUAAUGAUAUUGGUGUCAUAAAUGUUGCAAAUGUAAUGCUUGAUGAAGAUGACAAUGUUGUAGAAGGUCUAGAUGUUUUGGAUGAUGAACCAAAUCUCAAUACACAUGGCAUUAAUGAUAUUCCUGCUAAUUUAGAUACGCGGGAUAAAAGAAAUAAGAAGUUUGGUCUUGCGGUUCAAUGUGAGAAAAGAAAGAAAGGAGUUCAAAUCGUUAGUCAACAUUUGAGUCGUAUUUGUGAUGUAAUAAAAAGUAAGAAUACAGUGACAUCUAGGAGCUACAAUAAACCUGGAUGUAAUAUUGAAGAGGUUAUGGAUGUGGUUUAG